GUUUCAUUCACUCUAUUUCAUUCACUCUGGGUUGACACAUUCUGGGCGUCGCCAAGCUUCGGUAGAGAGUCUCUGUUGUGUUCUCUCUCUCAGGCAAUUUCUUGGUCGCCUCCUCUAACACUCGCACAGACACGCCUUUAUCUCUCUCUCUCUAUUUAUCUCUCCUCUUUAAUCUAUCUCUGUAUUCUAGGAUUUCAAUUUAACCUAAUUUUUUUGUAAUUUCAUUGGAAUGGACUCUGAUUCGUAGAGCAAUCUCUUCCCGUCCUCAAACGCGAGGUGAUCUGUUCGAACACGAGGAAACAUAAGGAGACGAUGAGAUAAAGGCUGAGUUUCUGUGCCCCUUUUGCGUGGAGAUUUCGAUGUCAUUGGGUAUAAUAAUUUUGCAAAGAACGGGGUAUAAUUAUAAAUCAGAUUCUGGGUCAUCAGAUUCUCUGGAUAGCUUAUUUGGCAACAAAGAUGCAAGCAGUGCUCUGGAAGUUUCUAGUAUGAUUCAACCAAAAGAGGCUGAUUACCCAUUUUGUUGCCUAUCAGUUGAAGAUGCUCCAAUCAAUGACUUGGUAGAUUUUAUCAUUGCUUCUCAGAUAUCUGUGAAACUUGAGAAUGAGCACAACUGCCAUAUCUAUAGGUCUUGUGUGAAAAUUAAAGUCGGACAAUUUCAGAGGGGAAUCGUACUUGGUAUUAAUAAAUUGAGAAGGCCAAGUACAUCUACGUUGCUGGUUUUUUUCUCAACUGAAUAUCCAGAAUCCAUUCAGCUUGUUACUGAACAUGUAGCUGCAAAUAACAAGGCAUUUGACAUGUCAUACCUUCAAAAUUCCAUCUUAUUUGCUGCUUUCAAUUUCUUUGCAAGAAAUAGCCCUGACAAUUGUAUUUAUCUGCAGGUUUUCAACAUGAACCUUUCUGCCCCAUUUAUUUGUGAAUUUUUCAAGGAUGUCCAGGAGAAAGCUAGCUUUGCCGUAAGCAUUUAG